AAAUGACAUUUAUUGUUUUCAGGAUUGGUUAUAGUAGAAUAUAAAAUGCUUCCAUUGCGUUUAAACUGUUUAUGCAAGCAUUCUACAACUUUAUUGCGAAGAUUGAAACAAAAACCUCCAAAAUAUUUACAAAUAUCUCGUACUUACAAAGAACUAGCAACAAUAUCUCAGUUUCAAGAUCAUGAGGUGUACAGUAUGCAUAGACCCGAUCCAGACAUGAGGGAUGGCCCUAUUGUAUGUCCUGGCAAUGAAGCUGACUACUUAAUACUUGGUGGUGGCAUUAUGGGUCAAGCCCUUGCGUUUAAUAUAUGGAAAGCAAUGGAAACAACUACCGUGCUUAAAGCUUCAAAACAUUAUGGAUGUAAAAUAGUUGUUGUGGAGCAAGACCCUAGUUUGCUUGAAUCCUCCACAGCGUUAUCAGCAGGUGGAAUCCGAACUCAGUUCUCAAACCCUGCUAAUAUUCAACUAUCCAUGCUCACUGCUGAGUUUAUAAGGGAUAUCAAAGUGCAUCUGAGUACAGUGGAUAACCAGGACCCCGAUGCCCAAUACAACCCACAAGGUUACUUAACCAUGGCAACACAAUCAGGGGCAUCAAGGCUGAUGAAGAAUUAUCAAACUCAAGUUGAAACUGGUGCAAAGAUCAUGUUAUUCACACAAGACCACCUCAAGGAAACAUUCCCAUGGAUUAAUGUAGAAGGAAUUGAGCUUGCCACUUAUGGCUUGGAGAACGAGGGCUGGUUUGAUCCCAUGAUGUAUGUUAACAGUUUCAAGGCAAAGAAUCCAACCCUAAACAUCCACAAUGUUAAAGGCAAGGUAGUCGGUUUCAAGAACAUAAGAAGUGACCCUGCUUACUUGCCCAAUAUUGUUGUGAUGGCUGAUGGUAAAGAGGUUAUACAGGAUGAGAAGAUAGAAGGGGUCUAUAUAAAAAUGCCCGAGCACGAGAAACCGAUCUUUGUUAAAAGUGGAACGACUGUUAUAUGUUGUGGUGCUAUGUCCGGUGAAGUUGCUAGAUUGGCUGGGGUGGGUGAGGGGAGGCCAGAAGAUGGGAAGUACCUUGAAUAUGAGUUACCAGUCGAGCGUCGUAAGCGCUACGUAUACGUCGUCCACUGCCCUGAUGCCCCAAUGUUCGACUUCCCUUUCCUGGUUGAUCCAUCGGGAGCUUAUGCUAGGAGAGACGGAUUCGGGGGGAAAUAUAUUUGUGGGAUGUCGCCUACUGAGGAAAAUGAACCUGACAUCACUAACCUGGACGUUGAUUGUAAUUUCUUUGAUGAAGAAGUUUGGCCAAGGUUGGCUCAUAGGAUUCCAGCCUUUGAAAAACUCAAGAUGACAUCUUCAUGGGCUGGUUACUAUGAUUAUAACACAUACGAUCAGAAUGGUGUAAUAGGACCUCACCCAUACCAUCUAAAUCUCUACUUCCUUACUGGCUUUAGUGGCCAUGGCUUACAGCAAUCAUAUGGAGCAACUAAAGCACUUGCAGAUCUUAUAGUAAAAGGUGAAACAGACAUUGAUAUUUCUCCUUUCUCAUUCAAUAGGUUUAUAAGCAAUCAACCAUUGCUGGAAACCAAUAUAAUAUGAGAAUCUCUUCCAAAAAUAUGGCAAUUGUCGCCCAUCGUUUACACCUUCCAAUUUCAAAUUUGGUUGGGGAAUUUUUCCUAUGCAAUUUUUAUAAAAGCUGCCUAAUAUGCAAUAUAUAUUAUGUUUCUGGUGAGGAUCAUUUAUAGGUGUUGACUUAGGUUUAGAUCUGGCAACACUGUAAAUAAUUUUUAGUUGCGCAACACUAUUAAUAGGUUUUUGUUGCACAAAACUGUAAAUGGGUUUUUGUUGUGCAGAACUGUAAAUUAGUUUUUAUUGUUACCGAGUUUGACUGUACUUAGCAAAAUGUUUAUUUUUAACAUAUCUAUCAUAGCUUAAUCAUUAUCUCAUGUAAAUGUAUUGAUGCAGCAUGCUAUAGCAUGAUGUAUGUAACAAAUGGCAUAUGUUAUACUCCAUAUAUAGGUCAAAAUUUGUGUAUAUCUUAAAUCUCAUGUACACCCCCAGGUCAACAUUCUACCUCUAUUGUUUAUUUAUACGGUAGGGUGGGGGAAGAUGGGACACUUUUUCAUUAUAUUUUUUUUUCCUAUUUGGUAGUAAACAAAGAACAUUCAAAGAAUUAUAAAACCGUAUCCCCACGACUCCCAUAGACCAGGGCUUAUUGUUUAAAACACGGUCAGGAUAUUUGGGUAUUAUGUGCUAACGUUUUCCCUUCUUUCCCCACCCUACUGUAUACAAGUUACUUUGGUAAUGGGAGUUUUGGACUUAUUUGUGUUUUACUUUCAUGUUUUAUUUAGUGCCGGUAGAGUAGUGAUGAUAUUAUUUCUAAAUAUUUUAUUUUUUAUGGUGUUAGCUGAAAAUGAAAUGGUGUUUUUAUGUUGGGAUGCAUAUGCUGACUGCUGUAUUUCGUUUUGUGGAUAAUUGUAGCAAUAUAUAUUGGGGCUUUGUGA